AUAGUCCGUGGCGCGAGACAACACGGGAAACACCGGAAGUGCGGUCGGAGUCACAGCUGCACGUGUGCUCCAGCGACAGAAAAUAGCACUCGAGUUAAACUCUCGAGUUUGUUUUACGCAGUGUAGCGCAAAGAUGACAAAGGUGAAGAAGGAGAAACCCGUUGAAGAGGAGACCGGGGGAACGGAGAAAUCAUAUGAGGAAUUAAUAGCCAGCGUAAACGCGAUCGCGAACCCGCUUGCGUCGCGUAAACUAAGCAAAAAACUCUACAAGUGCGUCAAAAAAGCGGCUAAAGUCAAACAGAUUCGACGAGGAGUGAAAGAGGUGCAGAAGUUUAUCAACAAAGGAGAGAAGGGUAUCGUGGUGUUCGCUGGAGACACUCUUCCAAUCGACGUGUAUUGCCACUUACCAAUCAUGUGUGAAGACAGAAACCUGCCCUACGCGUACGUGCCGUCGAAAGCUGAUUUGGGCUCAUCAGCUGGAUCGAAGCGUCCCACCUGUGUCAUCAUGAUCAAACCACACGACGAGUAUAAAGAAGCCUAUGAUGAGUGUCUGGAAGAUGUCGCGUCUCUGCCCAAACCUGUCUGAGGACGACUGAAUGAUGAUUUUUUUUUUUUUUAAAGAAUGAGUGAAUAUAUCAAAUCAAAUUAGAAUGGCUGUGAGUGACUUUGCCUGGUGUUGACGUUCACCGGUGUGUCUGUCAUGUCAUUUAGAGACUGAAACCAGUUCUGAAGUCUUUGUGGACUUCUUGAUUCUCAGAAAGAAGCAGGAGUCCAUGUGAUGUUGUGUGAAGUUCGGCAGCGGACAGUGGAUGGAGCUGUUGUUUCUCAAGUGUUAGACACUCUUGAUAUGUUAUGUUUGAUGUAGUUUGCUUUUCGUUUUUCAUAACUGCAGUGGACCCUGAGAGCUCAAAGAGAUGUCAAAAUAAACAUCCUCUCUUUUUUUGUAUUA